CCCACAGUACACAGAACAGGAAGAAAGAGAGAGUGUGAGCCCAAGUGAGAAAGCCAGAGAGGACAGGGAGAACCUGGCAUAAUUCCUCAGUAUCUCUGGGAACUUAUGGGGACUCCUGGGAGUUUCUUGAAGCAAAAUGAAAGAUGCCUGGUACCUCUGGGUCUCCACUACACUCUGGGUCUGUCCUCUGGUAUGGGGGCAUCCUUGCAGCAUUGAUGAACAGGGCUGGGCUGCCUGCAGUGGAAAGAGCCUUCUCCAUGUUCCAAACUCCCUGCCCAGGAACAUCACCAGCCUGGAUCUGUCUUUCAAUUCCUUAAUGAUGCCUCGACACGGAACCUUUCUGAGAAGCUUCCCAACUCUGCACUCCUUAAACCUCACUGGCAAUGCCAUUCCUACACUCUAUUCUUCCCUCUUUUUUAACCUUGGUACUCUCUACCUGCUGGAUUUAAGCAACUGCAGUAUUUCUCAUGUGCACCCAAAGAGCUUCUUUGGUUUAAAUACCCUUCACACACUCCUGCUGAAAAACAAUAAGCUUCAGUCUCUGGAGCUCUCCAUCUUUCCUGGUCCUGGAGCCCUUGCCUAUCUGGACCUAAGAAACAACAAGCUGUUGUAUACAGAUGAACUUGCUAUGCUUUUUAUACAAAGAAUCCACCAUGUCAACCUUCAGGGGAAUCCCUGGAUGGACAAUUCCUCCAUCAUUCCUUUCCAGGAAGGGCAAAGACAAGCUAAACAGACCUUCUAUGAACUACACCCAGAACUCCAGAUGCAAGAGAUAACAACACUGGAUUAUCAGGAGCUGGACCACAGGGGAAGACUUCGGAUCCCUCGUGCUGUUGACUCACCAGUCAGUCCAGCACUUGAGAAUGACACAUCUACUAGCACGCCUCCCCUUGAGAAGCCUGGGAAGAGCUGGCCAUACUUUGCUGGUUUUGUGCUUCUGGCUGUUGGCAUCUCCAUCCUGAUUGCAGUGGUUGCCAAAUGCAAAUUGCUCCACAGGAACCGAGCCAGUUACCAGCAUCAACGACUUCCAGAUUCCCGCUCUGUUGGAAGCAGCCAUGUUGAGGAAGCUGACAUGGAGGUGGCUUAUGGGAGGAACGAUCCAGUUGCAGGUGCAGCUGGCUGUCAUCCUGACGAUGAUGAUGGUUUCAUUGAGGACAACUACAUUGAGCCCAACAGAGACCUGCAAGAAGAGGAAGAGGAAGAAGAAGUGGAAGAGGAAGCACUGGAACCACAUUUCAAACUUUGAGGAUCUAUUUGGAAUCAAGGUCCAGUUUUUCUCAUAUCCUCCUGUAUGUGUUUGGAGUACCUUUCCAUUUUAUUUUAUACAUGCUUCCAUCCAGUAAUUUCAUUAUAACAUCUCCUCCCAUUUUUCUGACUUGAGGACAGUCUGUGGUCUCCCACCCUUGAUCACAAGAGUCAUCUGAUCAGCCAAUGGCUUUCUCAGGGAUAUCUCCAUUCUCAGAACUAAAGUACCCUCCUAGUACCUUUUACUCAUGUAAUUUGAGAUUAUCCAUGUGCUAACUCCCAUGUAUGUAUGCAUAAAGAGCUGCAGGAUUAGUCUGUUGACAGAAUGAUGGGAUUUUAAUAGUGAACUCAACCCAUUCACAAAAUUCAGGUUUUAAUCUAUAAAAAGACUAACUAGUUGUUUUUCUCUUAAAAAUAAAAAUAACAGCUCCAGAAAACAUAUGAUCAGGUAAAUAUGCAAAAUACUUAUAGGGGGUAGUUAACUAGUAGUCCUGAAGCACAAGACGGAGAGUGGAGAUAAUGAUUACUAGACAGUCAGCAUUCAGUUCAGAGGCUGAUCCUGUAUGGUUUGAUGUAGAACUUUUUGAAACUUUCUUUUAAAAAAAAUAACAACUCUCAAAACGCAAUAGGUUCCAUGCUGGCUAGUGGCUGGGAGAUCACAAUAACUGCAGACCAAAAUGUUAAUUUUUUUCAAGCUGUAGUCUGACUAAGAAAAGUCUGUACCUAUUUGGACACAAUGUCAGCUAGAGAUUUCAAUGAUCAUCCUUAUCCUUUCCAUGUUUCUACAGGGCAUCUGUCUUCAUUCGGUGUCAAAGUUCCUCAGUUUUCUAUGGUUAAAAUACCUUUAGAGAUGGAAAGAGAAAAGAGUGAUGGAGUGGAGAUUGUGAGACAGAAUGCUACAAGAUGCUGGAAAUAUAUCAUGCCAAUCAUUUGGAGGGAAAUGUUGUUCUAAGAAUUUGAGAGUGUUGUUGGGAUGGUCUCUCAGUGUACCCAUGUCUUGUCUGUGGUCCUAGCUGUUGAGAACUGUCUGUCACAUGUUGGACACUGCAGCAUAGAAUGCAAAGUGCCCUGGUUGCAGCUUCCAAAACCGUAGAAGCUAAAUGAUGAAUUUGAUGUAGGGAGCCCAACAUACAGCCUCCCACCUGCUGCAACCACCAGAAUCAUUCAUGACAGACACACUUCUCUGACUGAUGUGGAAACAUGUUUGAUUGCCUUGGAACCUGAUCAUACUACAGAAGGAUGAGUACCAAAGGCUAGCUUCUGUUUUAAUAAUUUUUCAUUAAAAAGACAGCAUCCCUAACUCUGAAUUCAUUGGGUAUUCUUGGCUGCACAGUGCACAUGGGAGUUCUACACUGCACGUCUUUCCUCUGUGUAUGAAAUAUUUAUGCCUUUAAGUAAUCUUUUCAAUCUGUGUUUGAUAGAAUCUACUGUACGUUUAUUUUACCUAUUUCACUGUAGUAAGGAAUCUACAGCAAGUUUGUAAAUAGUGCUGAAGUAACCCUUCUUCAUACUAUCUUCUCUGUAAUUUUCUGGUUGUAGUUAUGUUUGACUAUCUGUUGGUGAGUUUCAUUGUUCAGUCAAGUGCUUGGUUCUAAAAGUAACCAUGUGUUUGACACAUUGCACCAUGGGGCCUUUCCAGAUGGCUGAGAGUGUGCAUGCAUUUCCCCUAAGCUAUGCUUCCGUUGUGGUGAUACAGCUUUUUGCCAUCACUGAAACCCACAUUUUAUUUCUGUGCAAAAUUAUAUAAAAGUCUAUCCCUUUUACUACUGUAUUUCUGGAGGUGAAGGAUUGAUAGCCAUGCUUCACUCUCUUAUAGUGGAAUUAUACACAUUUACUGACAAGCAAGCACCAUUGUGUGGUUCGUUGGAACUUACUUCCUGGUACAUCUAUUUAAGAUUAUAUCUUCAGUUCUGAUAAUGUGAGCCUGUAGACUUCGGAAAGUGAAGGUAAAAUAUCACCUUGUCAAUUUCAAAAUUUGACAGUGCUCCUUGUAAGAGAGUAAAUGAGACACACACACUAUUUCCCCAGUGCUGAAGAACAAGAUUGCCGUUUCCCCGCUAUGAAACAGAGCAAUUUGAAGGAAAGACAGGGCAAAGCAAAUAACGGCCCCAAAUCAGGUGUAUAAGCCUCCAAGCCUUACCUAAAUGCAAAACAAACAGGAUCAUCUCAUUAACCCCUUAGCUUAUUGAUCUGAUGAAUAAAGCCUAGUGUUCUCUGAGUAAACUGAAUGGGAUUUGAGAUCAAAAAAUGGCAAUCUAAAUUGCUCAGAGUGCAAUUAGCAUUACUGGACUAGGGCAAGAGAGAUGCUGUUAUUUAAAUUAUACGAAGCUACCUCUAGGCUGAUAUACAAGGGAGAACUGAAUAAAUGAAUUGGACUGGUCUCCACCCUAAUCGUAUGUAGUGGUUUGGUGGUUCUAUGAAUAAAUACACUCCUAUCUAUGUUUUUAA